AUGUUUUUCUUCAGGGAAAACCACGUCCUGUCACGCGCCCGCCACACCUGCGCGGACCUCACACCUGAGCCCCGGCCUCACACCUGUGUCCGGACCUGCGCCCGGAGGCCGGCGGACAUGCACCCCAAAGGGCAGGAGGAACGUCAAAAGGAGGCGGUGGCAGCUCCGAGCUCCGUGAGUCCAGGGCCAGGUCUGCACAGUCUGGCGGGGGGGUGGGAGGACGGGGCGGGCAGGGGACCCUCCUCCCCGCCGCGGACCCCAGCCUCAGCCCCGCGCUCCCUGCGCUCAGGCUCAGCCCCUGAACCCACCCCAUCCCUGUUGGGUUCACAUUCUCAGGUUGCGCCUGUGCUGUGA